CUGUGGCUGUCUGCCUGCUGUGCUAAGGGAGGAGAGCAAUGGCUGCUGGGUGGUGCUGGUGGUGGUGAGGGAACAGUGAUGGUAAGGAAUGCUGGGUCAAAGCUGCCCCUGCUGUAAAGCAGCCUCUUCCUGGGUUCCCAACCUCCACACUAUGGGUGAUAUCCAGCUGGAAGAAUUUUGGAUGAGGGGCUACUAACAAUCUGUUUCCUCUAGGCACACUGGAGAGGGAAAAGAGGCCCAGUACUUGCCCUCUCUGCAGGUAGCACUUGGGGGAGUGGAUGCUCUGUGGGGUGCUGUGUCCCAGAUGUACUAGCGGUACAGGGUCUGGAGCAGGUGCCAUCUGCCCCUGCUGUACUUGAGCUGUGGGACUGAGGUGGCAGUAUCCCACCUUACUGUUAAAAUGUGCUUCCUAUGGCUAAGACUUGUCCUAGUGCUGUUGAAAAAGCUGCUGGUGCAUGCUGCAUAAUGGUAUUCAUGUGUUGUGAUUGAUGAUGGCUUUGCACUAGUGAAGGACACUGCUACUGGGUUUGCAGCAUUUCUGUCAUGAGUCACAUCCUGGCUGUUCAGGCUGGCCUCCAGGGAAGGACCAAAUGAAUUGAAAUCCAGGCCCCUUUCUCCAGGAGCCUGAGAUGGAUGAUUUCUGGGGAAAGGAGGGAGAGCAGUUUUCCAGGGACAUCCUGUCUCACAUGGUCCCUGUUGUGCCAGCCUGGGUUUAACAGUUACUGCCAAUAAAAAUGAGAGCUCGUUGUACCAGUUUCCAGAAUUGCACUGGGGCUUGGGAUACAGCAUAGCUUGCCACGUGCCUGGGUGCAGACCCUGGAGGAAUUCAGAGGCAAUGACCUGUCGCCUUCAAAUAGGCAUUAAGGACAUGGCAUCUGGGCUGUGACUAAACUUCAGCUGCAGCCACUUCUUGGGAGAUGGCCUCCUUGAUGAGGCUGUGGACUGAGCAAGGCAGGACAGGGAACACGUCAGAGCCCAAAUAUCAGCGUGUUCUUCUUUUAUCCUCCUAAGCAUCACAGUGGUCACCUGGAACGUGGGCACAGCCAUGCCCCCAAAUGAUGUGACAUCCCUGCUUCAUCUCAACACAGGUGCAACAAAUGAUGCAGACAUGAUCGCUAUUGGGGAGGGAGCAGCAUGAGGCUGAGGCUGCCUGGACUGCCAGAGCUGUGGUGCUGUGUUGGAGCUCUCUCUUGGUCAUGGCCCCCUUGGCUCUGCAGACCAGCAGGAUGUAGCUGUGUGGGGCUGUGGAGAUAAGACUUCGGCCUGGCUGGAUGGCGUGCUGGGGGUAGCUGACUGCGCUGCAAGAGGUGAACUCCAAGUUAAACAAGCGCCUGAAGGAUGCCCUGUUCACAGAUCAGUGGAGCGAACUCUUCAUGGAUGUGCUGAGCCCCUUCCACUUUGUCCUGGUCAGCACAGUGCGAAUGCAAGGCUUGUUCCUGCUGGUAUUUGCCAAGUACUACCACCUCCCCUUCCUGCAGGACAUCCAAACAGAUUGCACCAGGACAGGGCUGGGCGGCUGCUGGGGCAACAAGGGUGGGGUGAGCAUCCGGCUCUCCAUCUUCGGCCACAUGGUCUGCUUCCUGAACUGCCACCUGCCAGCGCACCUGGAGAAGGCAGAGCAGCGCAAGCAGGACUUCGCCACUAUACUGCACAUGCAGCAGUUCGAGGGGCACGCAGCCAGCGGCAUCCUGGACCAUGACCUCGUGUUCUGGUUUGGGGACCUCAACUUCCGCAUCGAGAGCCUUGACAUCCGUUUUGUGAAAUACGCCAUCGACAGCAACAUCCUAAGUCAGCUCUGGGAGAAGGACCAGCUGAACAUUGCCAAGAGUACCUGGCCUGUCCUGAGUGGCUUUCAGGAGGGACCUCUGAACUUCCCACCCACAUUCAAAUUUGAUGUGGGCACCAACAAGUAUGACAGCAGUGUCAAGAAGCGAAAGCCGGCCUGGACUGACCGCAUCCUCUGGAAGAUCAAGUCUCCCAGUACUGGGCCCGGUGUGGGUGGGUGCCAGCCCAGCCAGGGUGUCUUGUCGGUGAGCCAGCUCUGCUACUGCUGCCACAUGGAGUACACUGUGAGUGACCACAAACCCGUGGCUGCCAUCUUUGCAGUGCAGUUUGCUUCCAAGGCAGACAACCCCCCAGUUGAGAUAUAUGUGGCUGAUGAGUGGAGCAGGCCUGAGCAAGCAGUUGUCAAGUACAAGAUGGCUGCUGACUUCCACCGGAGCUCCUGGGACUGGAUAGGCCUCUACCAGGUGGGUUUUCGGCAUCCCAAAGACUAUGUGUCCUACGUCUGGGCCAGAAGUGAUGAUGAAGACUCUUGCACGGAGAAGCAAGUGUGUGCACAGGUGGUGUUCUCAGAGGAGGCGCUACCCAAGGGGAAAGGCGAGUACAUCCUUGGAUACUACAGCAACAACUCCAGCAGCAUUGCCGGCAUGACAGAGCCCUUCCAGAUCUCCCUGUCCAGGUCAGAGGAGGGCUCUGAAGAAGAAGAUGACAGCACACUGGUCCUGCUGGCUUCUAAAUCCCGCAGUCCCAGCCCAGGCAAGCUGAAACAGCACCGGAGCCGGAGCCCUACCUUGGCCAAGUUCCAGGGCCUCAUCCUACGGCCAUCAAGCCGGGAGCGGGGCAGCAGCCGCAGCCCCUCACCCCAGAGCCGCCAUGGCCUUGCAGGGCACAUCCCUACCAUCCACUUGUCCAAGCAGGAGCCAGGGUGCCGUGGGGCCAAAGCCAAGGAAACAGAGCAGGCAGCUGAGAGCCAGGAGAGCAACUCAGGCUCCUUCUACCAGAGUACACAGGAGCAGUAUGGCCUAUGGCAUGUCUCUGCUGACAACUUCCUGGCCAGGGCUGACCCCAGGAACCUGGGCCUGCUGCCUGUGCUCUGUUUGGAGACGACUGACCAGGUCACAGGCCAUCGGAGAGAAAGUGUAGACCAAGGCUACCCCCGCAGGAAGAUGAGCCCCAUCAGCCCCCCUGGGGGCCCAUGCAGCACCUCCCCAAGGGAGGACGACCAGGUCCCAGGAGCUGGACAGCUGUAGCUGUGCCACAGGACACUGAUGCAGCACACCCUACCCUUCAUCUAGGGUGCUUGUUGUGUGCUUUCUUGCUGAGACAUCCUCUUCCUUAUUUAUUGCAGUGAAUAACCCUCUGUACCUGUAACCUGUUGUAUGCCUGGCUUGUAGGGGCUUGUCCCUGACCCCCACUACCUCAGCUGCUGCCCUGGUCAUGGAGAAGCUGUGAGGCAGCACAGCUAGGACAUAGGAGACAGGAAGUCUAGUGCUGCAGUGGGGGUGGCUGGGGCUUCAGGGGGAAGGCCCUCAUGAAAUUCAAAGACAAGUCAGGGCAAGACACAUGCUGGCCAAGGCAAUUCAGUCUUGCUGGAGAAAAGCUGGCCUCAUAUCUGCUGCAGAUGUGGAGCUAGGACCACCCCAGGCCAAUGGGUUGGUGUAGGUAGCCAGAAGAUUGAAGCUUGCACCUUCCCUGCUGCUACCACUGUGCCUCAGGCUUAGACAUACCGCAAGUAACAAAAUAAAUGAUCCUGCCCUCCCUGUCUGUGCUGUGCUUACUGCAGGGGGUCAGAAACAGCCCUAGGUCAAGGGCUGCAGUAGGCACAGCCCUCUCUCCAGCACCACACAGCACCACUCUUUAUUUUACUUCUCCUGCUGCACACACGUGCAGGGGACUAUGCCCUCCCCACAGCAGAGCACCUUACAUCACCCUGGAUGAUGCUGCUCCUCACCUGCCAGGAACCAGUCUUUACCCCAGAGCUAGGAGCUCUGGAGUAUACACAGCCACAGCUCUAUCCCCACACAUGGCUGCCAGUCACCUCCUCCCCUGGCUGGGGCAGGGGCCAGGCUCACCCAGCAGCUCAGGACCACUCAGCCCCACCAGCAGAGGGGCACAAAUCCUGGUGGGAGGAGGGGGAAGAUAGUUCCUGGCAUCUCCCUUGCCUGGGAUUCAAAUGUCCAAAGGUGAGGGUGGGUUGAGCAUCUCCCCCACCCCAUGUGGCCCAGGGCUGAGCAGAGAAGGAAGGUGGCGGAGGGGCCUUUUCCAAGUACUUCUGUUCCUUUCCCCUUGCUCUGAUGCUCACAGAUGGCAGCCACAGCCACCCCACAGUCCAAUCACUCAUUGGGAGGGGCUAGUCAACCCCUCCCAGACCCUCUGCCUUCCCCCUGCUCCAGCUCUGGCCCCCAAACUCACACAGAAUCACAGAAUGGUUUAGGUUGGAAGGGAC